AUGCCUCGGAGUACAUUUUCAGGGUCGGUCACCUCUCCGAAGGUGGACAUCAUUGUGGACUUGGGAAAUCCCUUUCUCAAUCUCACUGUUGAUGGUUUUUUGAAGAUAGGCACUGUGGCUGCAACAAAAGUAGCUGCGGAGGAAGCAUAUUCCAUUGUUAAACGAGGGAGUGUUUCACACCACAACUUUGAGCAUUCGUUGAAAAAAAUGUGUAAAGAAGGUGCAUAUUGGGGAACAGUUGCUGGAGUUUAUGUGGGAAUGGAGUAUGGAUUUGAGAGAAUCCGUGGAACCAGAGACUGGAAGAAUGCCAUGUUAGGAGGUGCAUUGACGGGGGCACUCAUAUCAGCAGCCUGCAACAACGGUCGAGACAAGAUCGUAACGGAUGCCAUAGCUGGAGGUGCGGUUGCAACUGCUGCAGAGUUCCUCAAUUACCUGACCUGA